GACUCUGAAUAGAUGAUCAUGACAAGAAGAGGCUCGGACCCCACGGGCAGCGGGCAACCAAGCCAAGGAUGUCGGGCUGUUUGCAUCUCACUCACUCCUAUCGCCCCCUCGGAUUAGCGUUCCCGUGCAGCGUUCCGCUGGGCUGCAGAGCACACCCAGCACCCAGCAGCCAGAACAGCACACUGAUUCGAUCCUCGGUACAUGCUGAUUCUCCGCCUGAUCGGGGCGAACGAUUCGUCGAAAAGCCACUCGACAGGGUCGCAACCAGACUGCUGGAAUUUUAUAUGUCCCGCGCUUUCCCAGCCCAAAGGCUCGGUCCUAGGCUUCCCGCGCGCCCCCAAAACCAUGAGCCGUUCGUUUCUUUUUUUUUUCUUGCCAGCAAGUCACCUCCUGCCAGAGCAUCUGUGCCUACCCGCUGUGAAUCAGGCACCUUUGGGACCUUGCGGUACAGUACAUGACCAGGUGUCGAAGCUCAAGCGGUGUGCGAAAUGAAGAACGACGAGGAGGAUGAUCUCGACUCCAUCGUCCGACCCUCGACGUCGAAUGUCGCGGGAGUGCGAUCAACCAUGAACACCUCUGAAAGUUCUCCCUUGGCUGGAGCAUCCACGCCGAUAGAGGCCGAUAUGACGAAUUCCGAUGUCUCAAGCCCAAAUGAUGAAGACGAAUCUGUAUCGCUUUCCACUGAUGUGUUUAAUUUUGAGAAAGAGAACGGAAGAACAUAUCAUGGCUAUCGACGUGGUACAUACCACUUUCCAAAUGAUGUAACCGAAACAGAGCGACUGGACUUCCAGUACGAGAUUCUUAAGUUCUGUUUCUCGAACAAAAAUUACUUUGCUCCACUAUCCAAUCCUGAGCGCAUUCUAGAUAUCGGUACCGGGACCGGUACUUGGGCGAUAGAAAUGGGAGACGAGUUCCCCUCCGCCGAGGUCCAAGCCACGGACCUUUCACCCAUUCAACCAUCUUCUGUGCCCAAAAAUGUACAAUUCUUCAUUGACGAUGCUUCUGAGGAAGACUGGGCCGUACCGCCCGCGUAUUUCGACUAUAUCCACACUCGCAUCAUUCUUGGCUGCUUCACGGACUUUCGGAUCAUCAUUCAACGAGCUCUCCACUACCUCAAACCAGGCGGAUAUAUGGAAUCUCAAGAAUUCAUGUCAACGCCAUAUUGUGACGAUGGAACGAUGCCACCCGACUGGCCAUUCCUAACUUGGACGCGUUAUCUGGAUGAGGCAUCGAUAGAUGCAGAUCGUCCCGUUCGCAUAGCAAAUAAAAUUAAGAGAUGGUAUGAAGCUGCCGGCUUCGUUGACGUCGAAGAAAAAGUAUUCAAGCUCCCCGUGAAUACAUGGCCGCAAGACAGACACUUGAAAACUCUAGGCCGGAUGCACGAGGACAAUUUGCUCGUAGGGCUUGGAGGCUUCAGCAUGGGCUAUUUCUCGCGGGUACUGGGAUGGAGUAAGAAUGAGAUCGAGGUUUACUUGGUCAACACCAGGAAGUCAAUCAGCGACAGGAGCGUACAUGCUUAUCAUAAAGUUUUUGUGGUUUGGGGACGAAAGCCAUUUGAUCAUGAGGUGAAGGGAAAAGGGAAAGAGGCCGGGCCUGAGCUUGAGCCUUCUUCAUCUAAAACCCCUUCCGACGACGCAUCAAAAUCUGGGAAAGGACCAGAAACAACUACCUAGGUAACGGAAAUUGGGAAUUAAGGGAAACACUAGAGGGAACAUUCAUGACUUAUGAGGAGUAUGGGAUUUUGCAUUGUAUGGCGAAAGAUAGGGGAAAAUGGCAGUUGCAGGACAUGAUAGCGUCGAUUAAUGUCCAAGCUCGAUUCGCGGCAUGUCCGUAUCAAAUAUAUCUGGAAUUCUGCCAGACAUUGAGAUCAAAGACGCGUCCCCGUUACUUCAUUGUCGGGCUCAUGUUCAUUGUCACCGAACUUUCGAUGAGGUGCCACUUGCAUCUUGAGUAGUGGAGUUCAUGCC